AAUUACAGGCUGUGUAACGCAUAUGAAUGGUUGCGCUACCAAAUUCACGUUUUGAUUAACAGUUUGUCUUAAUCUCGUUUGUUUUAUUUCAAACUGUUUUCGUUUGUUUUAGUUAUUAAAACUAAGUGCAUUCUAUGUGCUUACAAAGCCGUAUCAUCUCUAGCUCUUCCUCCAGACAAUCUUAAAAGCCGCUCCUCACACUUCUCCAGCACGUAAGGUACCGUCAAACUUAACGCAUACCUAGGUCAACUGCUCUUUUGGUAUUUGUGGUUACAAUUUCUUACAGCUCUUGAUGGAAGUGACUACAAAUCUUUCAAAGCGAGGACUUAGGGCAGCCGCCUGUAUGUGGACUGUGUUGCGGUACCUGCUGAAAUAUCAUUUUCGUGUUAACUUCUGAUACAUUUAGUUUAAUCGGCCGAAAAUGCAUUUACUUUAGUUUAAGCUCUAGAGUUAAAGUUGUCUCGUAUUUCUUCUUAUCCCAACUUUAUUCCAUGCAAAGGUAACAGUUGUUCUCGGGCUUUAAGCUUUCCCACUUAUAGUAUAUAUUUAACGUAAAUGAGCAAUUUAAUGUAGUUUUGGUGAUUUAAUUUGACAAAUAAAUGUUUAGUGUAGUAUCAUUUAGGGAACAUGGCUAUCAAGAUCUUUCUACGAAUUUAACUUAGCAAGAACCUGUAGAAAUAUAUGAGAUUUACAAAAAGUUACGACUUGUGUAUGAAACUGAAUGCUCUGUAGCUUCGGUGAGUACAUGUAAGGCUAGCUGAAAACGGAAAAUAGUGAUUUAUAGUCUUUGUGUAAACCCAUAAAUGCAUAAGCGAACAUGCAUUAUUACACCAAAUGCAUUAUACUUGCUUCGUGUAAGGAAAUAUGGUUUACAGUAUCCACCACUUGUGUUGUCUUUUACUGGACAGGUAGUAAUUUUUCUGAAGGAGUUUAUGUAUUCAGUCUUAUGUCAAUCCCAACUCACGUACUGAGAUUCGCUAUCUGCAUGUUCAUUGUGGUUUCUCAGGUGCAAAUGAAUAUACUUAGACAUGUUGAUUUCUGAACCGAAGGCGUUUUCAGUCCGUACUCGUCUGGAAAAAACUAAGUAGCUUGUUCAUCAAGUACAUAUACCGUGUGUUUUAGUGGAUGUACUCUAGUGACUUUCGUCAAACGCGUAGUGUAACAGGCAUGUAAAAUGUGUUAUGUCUUAUAAGUUUGUGUCAGUCAGCAACAGCGUAAAACCUGGUACUUACAUACGUGUUUUCAUUACUUGGUUACUCACUAGCGCUCCUGUUUUCUUAUUUUAGAAUCUAAGAGUAAAUCCCAAUUCGUUCUUAUAUCUUAAUAUAUUACAAGUAAAACGAUUCAAAUAAAAGGAAAUCAAAUUGCUCUGAUCUAUUUUAGAGCAAAGUAUCAGUGUAUCACCAUUUAUGCCAAAGGAAGACAGAACCUGUUGGAUUUGUUUAAGUUCUGAAAUAGACAGUGAUUCAGCCAAUUUAUGGAGCAGACCUUGUCGGUGUCGCGGCGCACUAAAAUGGGUUCAUCAAGCGUGUCUUCAAAGGUGGAUUAGUGAACAGCAACGUAGCCGAGGAGAAUCGGAUCCUAUGUCAUGUCAGAUAUGUAAUACACCAUAUAUAAUAGUCUAUCCUGAUUGCGGAUAUUUGUAUAAUUUUUUACAGUCUGUUGAUCAGAUAACUCGCACUCUAUCAUUUUUUCUUACUGGUGGAAUAAUUUUCGGUUCAUUUUACUGGUCUGCUGUAACUUACGGGGCUGUAACAGUAAUGCAGGUUUAUGGACAUCGUCAAGGUCUACAAGUCAUGAGACUCACAGAUCCUCCUGUUUUACUUCUGGGUCUCCCGACUAUUCCUCUGUGUCUUGUUUUGGCCAAGGCGGUCCAAUGGGAAAGUAGACUGCUUAUGUUAUGGAGAAAACAUAUAAGUCGUCUACCCUUUAUUCAGCAGUUCAGACGCAAAGAUCUCCCAACAUGGCCUGUUAAUGAUGUUGAUGUCGAACUGCGUCCAGAACUCUCUAAUAUACCUCGUUUAUUUUGUAGUGCAUUAGCUCUUCCAACAAUAUCUACCAUUCUUGGACACUUAUUAUUUAAACGGGUGCAGUCUGCUACACAUAGAGUUCUCCUGAAGUGAUGUUCUCUUCCUAAUUGUUCGUCUGUUUGAGCUAACAAGGUUUGAUUUAAGGAUUGUUAGUUUUGAUGUGCUGAAACGUUCAAAGGAUUUAUAUCAAUCUCCAGGAGAUUAUCCAGUCGUCAACCACCAAAGAUUUGAAAUAAUUUCAGAAACACUAUAAAAGAAAUUUGUUGAACAGCUUUACAUCACUUCAAGCUGGCGGAUGUGGCCCUAUCAGUCAACAAUCCAAUCAUUUGUUCUUAACAAUAACGUGGGAAUUCCAUUGAAUUUUACUUGGUUCCAAAAAAAUACUCACUCUUAGUUUUAUAUGUAUGAUCACUUUUUCUUGCGAGGAGGGUGAUGUUCAUGAGUCUGUAACCGUCCUUUGCAAGACAACGAUAUAUUAUGUGUUCUGUAUUGUAUAAGUAAACGAAAAACCAGAUAAGG